CUUAGAUAAACGUGUUUGUGAAAAUGAAGACUGUAUUUGUAUCAUUUUUCAUUGUCCUGGCUGUGUCACUCUUGACAAUCGAUGGCACAGAGUCAUCAAAAACCUUAACCUGUGAGCAGGAAAAAGCCUUAGCGAGGCCAUGCUUGGAUUAUCUAACAAAGAAAACUAACGCUCCUUCAACUUCUUGCUGCGAUGGGUUGAAAGAAAUAAUAUCUUCAACACCUACAAAGAAAGAAAAAGAAGAUGCAUGUAAGUGCCUAACGUCAGACGCUCAGGUUCCUAACAUAGACAAAGACAGAGCCAGUAAUCUUCGCAAAGAGUGCAAAAUCAAGCUCUAUAAUUUCAUGUCCGAUGACUCCGAUUGCGAAAAAAUUAUAAGCUAGGAACGGUGGAUUAUGCUGGGAAUUUUCUACUUCUG